UUUCUCUCCGGACCAGGCGUUAAACCGGUUCUCUGUGAAUUGACCGGUCGAGCGAACGGAAAUGUGCACGGUAAAGGUGGAUCGAUGCACAUGUACGGUAAAAACUUUUACGGGGGAAACGGCAUUGUCGGAGCACAGCAAUCGAUGGGCACGGGGAUUGCUUUCGCGUUGAAAUACAGGAAACAGAAGAAUGUUUGUUUCACGUUGUUUGGCGAUGGAGCUGGCAAUCAAGGACAACUUUUUGAAUCAAUGAAUAUAGCCAAGCUGUGGUCGAUUCCUGUCAUAUACGUAUGCGAGAAUAACGGUUAUGCAUUUGGAACGUCAACGAAAAGGGGAUGUGCUGCGAAGAAUUACUACGAUCGUGUCAGUUAUAUGCCCGGAGUAUGGGUUGACGGAAUGGACGUGCUAGCAGUACGUGAGGCUGCGCGAUGGGCCAAAGAGUGGUGCAUUGCUGGAAAAGGGCCGAUGUUCCUCGAGUUCAGUACUUACCGUUACAGCGGUCACUCGUUGUCCGAUCCUGGAACAAGCUAUCGAACACGCGAAGAAGUCGACAAGGUGAAAAAGACGAGAGAUACAAUUGUGGGUUUCCGUGAAAGAAUCAUUCCGGCUGGAUUGGUAACCGAAGAUGAACUGAAAGCGAUUGAUAAGAAAAUACGCAAAGAGAUGAAACUGACAGUUAACGGCUUUCAGAUUGAUGAAGCCACAAAAAUGGCUCAAACAGGAAAGGAUGCCCCAGUUGAUCUACUUUUGGCUGAUAUCUACAGCAACACACCGCCGCAAAUGAUCCGUUGCACGACCGAAUAUGUCAGACAGAAAUACACUAAUUCAGAUGAGGCUUGUCGUGCACAUGGAAUAUGA